GAAGCCUUUGAUCAGUGGUAUGUGCGCUUAAAUUCGGAAAAGCCAACUCCUCCCACCACAGGAAGCAAUGCUGGCGUUCUUGGUUCUUUGGCGGAACGCGUGGCUGCCGAAGAGGCGGAGAAGAAUUUUCAAGCUCGCCUUGAGUGUUGGAAUCACGAGAUUGAGCUUUCCACUAUGUCCUUAGUCAAGCAGCUGGAGUCUCUGCUGACCUACGAAUCUCCUGGGUGGUUGGUGGACGCAGCAGUUCUUCACCACGACGCCACGAUCUCCGGCGAAAUCGAUGUCACUGGUAUGUUUGGCUCUGCGGCGUUGGAACCGGAUGAAAUCGUGGCGGAGGACGCGGAAGAAGGGGAUGAGGGACUGGGUAUCGCUGGCCUUGGGGACUCUCCACAUUCCCGCAGGCUUCAGAUGAUCAUUCUCCGUGAGACUUGUCUUCGCGAUGUCGUCUUCAUGUUGGUCAAAGUUUUUAAACUUACUGGUCGCCAUGAUGAUUGUGUUCGCCUUGCUGAUCUCGUGGCUGACCCUCAAUUUGGAAUUUUUAAGACGAAUCUCUAUCGAAACAUGACUGAUUGA